GUCAAAUACCAAAGAAGAAGAAGAAAAGGCGACUCUCUUCCAUGGAAACAAGGGACGCUAGAAUGAUUGGCAACCACAUUGUAGAGAGCAAAGGUGUAAAAGCUCACAUAAUUUUUAACAGCAAUGUCUGAACUGUUUGUCCAGAUGAUAUUAGCUUAAAUGUUGUAAAUGCAUAUACAUAUGAAAGUGCUCCGCCUCCAGCUAACAUGAGGUUAGCCACUAGCUUGCAAGCGUAGUCCCAAACUGCUGCUGUAAAUACAACAUGUAAACAUGUUGCAUUAAAUGAUGGAGGGUAUUAAGUAACACUGGGCCAGAGUUGGAGAGAAAGCCACUUUAACUAUGUGGAAACGAGGCGGUCGAAGCUCGGCUCUGGACCGGGCUCAGGCGUUGCUCUCGGCAAAGAGGAGCAGCGGAGGAGACGUGCGGGACUCCACGGACAAAACACAGGGCUCCGUGGGUGGGCCUGUCCAAAGCAGAUCUGCUCCUGCAAACACACACACUUUAUUCUCGGAUCUGAGUGACAUGUCCUCUGUCAGUUCAGCUUCUGAACGUGAUGCUGAUGCUGUCAAGCCUGUUAAUUCUGGAAAGACCCAUGUAAGAGAGGAGGAUUCUAGCCAGGAACUUAAGCCUCAGGGCCCUCUGGGAAGAGGAAGCAGAUUCCUGAAGAAGGCUCCACCACCAAUUAAGAGCAGCCAGUCACCUGUCUCUAGGAGCCAAAUACCACGUGACCCUGAACCACGAUAUGUGACAUCUUCCCAGCGUGGCUCUCAGAACGCAGCCUUAAGUAGACUGGCUGAAAUUGAGAGUCGCAUCCGCAGCCGCAAGCAGGCCCAGGCACAAGCCAGACACCAACUAACCCCGGACUUGAGAAUUUCACCGCUACCACCGGCCACGCAGUCCAUGGAGGCUCCUGUGCAACUCUCUACACAGUCUACACAGUCCGGCAGUGACCAGAGUCCGAAGGGAAACCGUUUCCUCAAGAACAAAGUGUCUGGAGCCGUUGAAAGCACUAACGCUGCUCCUGCUCCGCCACCAAAAAGUGCAGUUGCUGAUGUCAGGUCUGGUCCGAGGACUGGCCAGUCUGUUGUCCCCUCAAAAGACACAAGGUCAGUGAGAGUAACGAGGGCUGUUAGUCUUGAGAGCGACGAAGAAGACAUGAGAAUACUGCUUGGAGACUCGAUGGGCUCAACAGAUCACAGCUUCUUGAGACCAGGGAGAUCUGCUUUCAUGAAAAAGCCGGAGAAGGUGCUCAGCGAAACCAGUCAGAGGAUUCACUCCUCAUCUCCUCCUCCUGCCGCCGUUGUCCGCGCGUCCUCGUCAUGCAACAGCGAGCCGUCGCGCUCCCCCGCCUCUCCCUCUCGCCGCAGUUCUCCCUUUCGAUUCACUGGCCAGGCCCGGGCACAUUUCAGCCCUUCUGCACUCUCUCCGUCGCCCUCUCCUCCGCACGUCUCCCCCUCUCCUCUGGGGAGGCAAGGCUACUCCUCCGAUAGGGCGAGGAGUCCCCAGCGUUCCCUCUCGUCCAUGUCGGGCCGAGGUGAAGUGCUCUCGCUGGAGGAGCUCUUCCCUGCAGCGCCUGGCUCUGAGAGUCAGCACAGCGUGAUGAGUUCAGUUUAUUCUGAAGAAGAACAACAAGACUUCAAGAUCAACGUGAUGACGCUGGACGACCUUGUGCCUGCUACCCUUGGACUCACUGGGGAAACAGUAGGAGAAGAGAGGGAGAACAGAUGUCAACAGCUGCCAAAGGAAGGGAAGCAGGAGGAGGAGGAGGAGGAGACGGUGCUGGACUAUAAAAGUGACUUUGAGAGCGAGAGCAGAGUGGAGUCAGAUUACAGUGCCAGCCAUGUUUCAGAGCACCUGAAGGGCGACGGAGAUGAAGAGGAGGUGGUAUCGGAGGUCAGAGAGGAGGCUCCGUAUUCAGACGUGUCUCAUGAAUGGACGAAGGAAGAUUAUUCAAGUGCUUUCGCCGGCACCUCAGAUGAGAGUCAGACCUCAGGGUCAUUCAGCAGGAACAGGAGCAGGGACUCCAGGUCCUCGGUGUCACGCAGCAGAGAGAAAUCAUCUCCACAGUCGAGGAGGCGCGUUUCAGCCAGAAAGUCUUUAAAAGAAGCAGCAGUGCAGACCCAGCCUGACCCACUGGCUUACUCACGGUCAACUGGCGCGGCCACUCUGGGUCCUGCAGUGAGCAUGACUUACAUGAAGACCUCUCCUCUGGUCACUCAUACAGUCAGCGCUGAAAUGGUGGAAGCCAUCGGCACCUUCAGUCCAGCCAUGUCUACUCUCACUGAAAUGCUGAAACAGCAGCUCGCCAUGACGAGGCGGUUCAUCGACAGCAACCGGCAUCUGCACUCCAGGCUGGUGCAGAGCCUGGAACCACCAGACUACAGAUACACCACGCUGGAGGCCACCAAGGAGCGCAUCCGUAAGCACAGACCUGCCAAACUGACAAUGGAGCAAGCCUUAGAGGAGGUGCUGCAGGAGAUGAGACUGUACACGGGUGCAGACACGCCACUAAUCCAAGGAGCACAAACUGUGUUAGAGAAGUAGCUUUGCACAUUAAAUAGCAUUGUUUUUUCUACACAAGGUAUAAUUAUUGUAUAUUGUUAUUAAAUACGCUGUAAAUUAUGAA